ACGGGUUGAGCGUUCGCCCCGCCCACUCGGCGACGUGAUGGUUCGGACGGCCGGUGUGGCUGCUGCGUGGUGUUGGCCAGGUUUUCUUGUUCGUCGGGGGUAGCUUGCAGUGGGCAAAGAUGAGGCUGUGUUGCCAACGAAGAUCUCCCAUCACUACCGGUAACAGCCAUGUUGGACAUUAGGUGACCUCACUUCAUCAAGGCAGAAGAAGGAGCAGGAUGAAAAAAGAAGACGGUAUCCAAUCAAAAAAGAGAAGUGUUGUUUUAAACAGCUUGAAUCUGUUUCAAGUUUUGGGCCUCCUUUAUUUUCUUCAUCCUGUUACUGGUCUGCUAAAUCCACCUCGCAAUUUAUCAAUUGUGUCAGAAAACUUCAUCCAUACCCUGACAUGGGAGCCGGGAGAAGAUGCUCCACUGACCACACGCUACAUAGUGGGAUACUUCUCUUACAGCGCACCGCAUCAGUUUUUCAAUGCAUGCAUUCUGAUCGUGAACCGAACCUGUGAUCUAACAGAUAGCUUUAGUGACAUCUAUGGGAACUACUGGCCACGGGUUAAAGCAGUUACCAAAAAUGAUGAAUCCAACUGGACUGAUGUGGAUCACCACUUUCAACCAUAUCAAGAUACACACAUACUGCCGCUUAAUGUUGAGCUCAUGGAAUCCCUCAAUGGAGAUUUUAAUGUGAUUUUUGAUAUUCCAACACCCCCACCACUUAUUGCACACAACUUAAAUGUUCAGUCAAUCGUAGAUAUCUACAUGACAUUAGAGUAUCACAUUACCAUAUAUAAAGAUGGAAAGUUGGAAGAGAACAGAGAUGUGUUGAAAAUGACAAGUAAAUCGCAUGUCGAAGAAAUAUAUGAAAAAGUGGAACCAAAUACAGAGUACUGCAUCACAAUAAAUAUAUAUUUCCUGAAAAAGGAAACUGAUCCUUUGGAAAGAAAAUGUAUAAUCACACAAAAUGCAAAGAAAGAUGAGGGUACGGAAGCAUCUCCAACACUGCUCGUGGCUAUUUUUUUCAUUUUCGGUGCUAUGCUCAUCAUCCUCUUGCUACUAUACAAAGCAGGUUGCCUUGCUUUCUUGAGCACAUAUGUUCCACAAUCACUGAAAAAUUUGAAAUACACCCAUGCUACCUACAAUUAUAAUGAUAUGCAAGAAAAAUUCAGUGCAAUGGACUAUAUUAGUGUACAGGAACAGAAGAUACAAGGCAUUGAAGAAGAGAGUGAAGAGGAGUCAAUAACUAAUGAGGAAGCAGGCUACGAACAGAAUUCUCUGCCGAUAACUAUGCAGGACAGUGCCCAAAGUUCCAGCCUAUUUUCUGACGGAAGAACAGAUGGAGCCAGUGCAGUGGUUUCUGAUGAUCAACAAUGUGAUUCUUUCACCAAGUUUGAUGACUGUCUGAUGGCUCCCACAGAGGUGAUGAACGAUGACUGCGUGGAAACUGAUCUCAUGAGCCAGUUACAGAUGAACCACAACAGAAAAAGCAGCUCAUCUUCAGCAAGUGUUAAUGCUUCAGAUGUCCCACUAUGCUCUGUGCAAAUCCAAGAUCCAGACUGCUGCUUUGUAGAAUUUUCAAAUGAACAGAUGUGUGAUCAGGAAUCACGUGAAUCCACUAUCACUGAAAAUAAUGAUAUGAGUGAUUUAUUAAACUCUGAGGUUUAUGACAACACUGAACUUCACCAUUCUGAGAAUCCUGUCCAGUGUGACAUACCAGACUGUUCAUUUCCCCAGACAAUACAAUCUAAUUAUAUGAGACGCUGAAGGAGGUUUGCAGGAAACAGAUAUGACAAUUACAAAACCACUUAACGUAUCCUCUGAGCUUUAGAAGUAGCCGCACCCAACUAUCUGGUGUCAGUUGAAUUAAUUAAUCAAAGAAAUAUGAAUUUUCGCUUUUAGCACAGCAAGAAUCACUUGUGCGGCUAAGGGGAUUUAAAAUGUCUGAUUUUUGUACAUCAACAAAUUUCAGAAUUUUUGCACAGUUGUAAUAUCGGGUGGCAAAAUGGCGCAGCAAGUGGAAGCUGCUGCCUCAGCUGCAGAUCCCAUUGGUUUGCACACUACUUCCUCUCGGUGAUCCAGCUUCAGUCCCGAUCUGUGGUGCUGCCUCUGCAGCUUGCUCCUUUUCCCUCUGACUAGGUGGGUAUCAACAUGUGCUGGUUGGUAGGUUAACUGGCAAAAUUUCAGGAGUUGAUGGGAAUUUGAGCAGAAUAAAAUCGGUUAGGAUUAGUGUAAAUAAAGAAAAAGGCUGCUUGGGGGGGGGGGGGGUCAGCUCAGACUCUGGGUGAAGGGCAUGUCUUCAUAACCUCCUGUAGACCAUUCAGCCCAUCAAAUGUGCCAUUCCAUCAUAGCUGAUUUAUUCUUAUUCUCAAACACAUUCCCCUGCCUUCACCCUGUAACCUUUGACACCCUGACUAAUCAAGGACCUAUUAAUCUUUGUUUUAAAUAUACCCAAACACUUUGCCUCCCAAUGGCAAUGAAUUCCACAGAUUUGCCACCCUCUGGCUAAAUAAAUGUAUCCUCACCCUGUUCUAAAGGUAUGCCCUUGUUUUCAGAGUCUGUGCUCUCUUUCCGACACUCUCCACAUCCACUCUAACUAGAUCUUUUGUUGUUUGAUGGAUUUUAAUGAGAUCCCCGCCCCCAUUCCUCUAAGCUCCAGCCCGGAGCCAUCAAACACUCUUCAUAAGUUGUAUGUAUUAUUCUACGUAUUUAUAUUAUAAAGAACAGUGGUAGACAAUAUGGCCCUCAAGCCUACUCUGCCAUUUCACAUGACUGAUUUUCAUCUUUCAUUCCAUUUCUCCAUUCUUUCAAAAUAGCCAUUAAUCCCCUGAUUCCAGACCUGAGGGAAACAACUUUUCAGCAGCCAUUUUGUGUUGGUCUUUCUGAGUUUCAAGAAACAUUGUAUACAGUCCUAAAGUUUUGUUUUUUCAAAAUUUGGGAAAAAAGUCUUAAGUAGAAAUGUCGUAGUUCGAUGUUGGUUUGUUGCCAAAACAAUGGUGCUUCAGAAUGGUGGGAAUGAGUAAUUCACUAGUGGUCAUCAUGUAGUGUGGGGAGUCAGGCUACAGAUGAUGAUGUACAUUGCUUGUGCUAAUAAUCCAUGGCGCCUCAUGGAUGCUCAAUUCUGAAUCCAUAGCAUGUAGCUUAACUUAUGGUGUCACACAACACAAGGUGUGCUUUGUGUGAUCAGAGCAUUUCCUAUAGAAAAGUCUACACAGUGGUCAUUUUACCAAAUCUAUCAUUUGAAAAAUACAGCUGCCUUGGUUUACUACCUCUCACAAGCCAGUUCUGCUAUCUUGAUGGCUUGUUGGUUUGGUUCACAAUGUGAUGAACAUUGAAGUCCUUUACUAAAUGUACAUACUGUAUAGUUACAUUCAAUGCAUUUCCAGAUGCCUUUCACAUGUCAGCAAAGGGAAGGACAGUAAGCAAUAAUAGAGACUUCGUUAUCGUUGAUAUGAUGCCUUGAAAAUUCACAAUCUAGAUUUGAAAUAGAGAUAAAACUGAACAAAUUACACAGUACCAAACCAGGGCACAGCAAUAGCCUUAAAUCUUCCCCUCAAGGCAUGGAUAGCCAAGCAUCUGAAGUGGGAGAGCUGAGCCAGGUACUUGUCAAGCAACAGUCAGAUUCCUCCAUCACAAUUCCUGGUACAUCCUGUCACAUCAACAAACAAAUCCACCCAAAAAAAACAGCAUUGAUAAGAGUAACCUUGGGAAUCUUCAAUAUUAGCUCCAGUCAGGAGCAAGGCUUUAAAUUUAAAUUUAAUGUUACUUUUCUGACCGUUGCUGAAAUUUUAACUUUUUUUAGAAUUGUGUUUUUAUUAUUAAAAUUUUAAAAACAGAAUUCUGACUUACUGAAAAGAUGUUCUAACCCAAAGCUUUUAAAAUGGACAUGUCAUAGCUACUUCAGCUAAAAUAAUGCUGCUUCAGUGAAUAUAAAUGUCUCAAUGUUCUUAUUUUCUAUUUGUGGUCAUUAUUAUGGAUUUUGUUUAAGACAAAUAUAUAAUGAAAAUCCAUGCAUGUUUUAAUUGAGUCAAUAUUAACAAAAAGAGGAUACAACGCCAUAAAACAAAGUGGCGUCUUUCUGCCUAUUAGUGUGUUGCCUUCGACAUUAGCAAACAUUGAACAUCAGUAGUUGCAGAUGCAGCUUCUAGUUGCACUCUUUAUUUGUAAAGGUUUAUAUUGUGGUGACCCACUUCCUAGCGCACUCGAACCGGCUCACAAAUAGCCAGCGCGCCGGCACAAAGGCCAGUCCCAAAAGGGCGCCAGGUGUGCUUCACCAACAAAGGGAAAAGCUCGCGCGGGACUGUGAAUACAUGCCCCCUACAGCAUCCACGCCCGGGGAGGGCGGGAUCAGGGAGGCUUUAAAGAGAAGCCGCGAAGUUCAAAUUAAAAUCUUUCUUAACUGCA